GCAACAAUAAAUGUUAUUAAUGGUCAAACUGAAUUAAGUAAAGGAGAAGUAGAAAUUAAAGUAUUUAUAUCGACUGCCUGCGUAAUGUUUUCGUGCAUGAGCUCAUCCUGGGGGUCAUGCCAACAUGGGAGGGAUCGGACCGUCAAGUGGACAGCUCCGGAGCCCGCCUGCCCGCCCACUGCGCUCCACUGCACUUCCACUCCACGCCGGGAGAACUGAUGCCAGCCAAAGAUAGAGGGACUGAAAAGGUAGGAAAUAACCAGAACAAGUACAGCAAAGAGAGAAGGGAGGUAAGAGGAAACCUGGAAGAGAUUGAUUAAAACGGGAGUGGCGUAGAAAUCCAGCCGCUGUCGGAGUACAGGUCAGUGGCGUGCUGGAAGCAGAAACGGACAGUGAAGUGGGGAAAAAAAAAAAAGCUUCGGGGAGGCAUCACAACUGGAGCUUCUUUCUCUCUCUGAUCACUACCAAGAGGAAGAGGCUGAAGCCUUUGACUGAUCAUUGGGCCGUUUUGUUAUCCAGUGAUGGAUUCCCCUUCAGAUCUUUUCGAUGAUUCCUCCCCCCAGCUAAGUACUUAUACUCCUGGUCUGUCUUCUGCAGACCUCCCUGGAGUUCACAUUGCUCCUGCCUUUAGACCCCCUGGUUUCCCCCUCAUCCACCAUCUCCUUCAGCCAGGGGGAGGCCCAAGGAGGAUCGGAGGGAUCCUAACAGCUAACCUCAGCAUGCAGAGACAGGUGGAAGGCAGGAGCCUAGAGGAAGAAGUGACUGUCGGUCAAAUAGAUGGAAGGAUGGAAGGAGCAGGGGAAGGGAUGACGGAGGCAGAGGAUGACUUGACAGAGGUGAAAAGGAAGUGCACUGACACUGUGCUGAUGGCUGAGUGGAGCCAAGAUGUCAUGAAAGUGAAAAGAAUGAAGCUGGAGUGUAGGCAGAAAGACAAGGUGGUUGAGGAAGGUGGGAAGAAGAGAGAGGGAAGGAGAAGGGAGAAGGAGGAGCUAAAGGAACAACUGGAGGAGGCCAGGGAGAGACUGCAGGCCCUGCAGGAGAAAGUUUGGAAGGCAUUUGGAGAGAAGACAGAGAAGGAGGAGAAGAAAAGGAAGCGCAACAGGUGUGAAGUUGAUGGAGAGGGAGAUGAGGGGAUGGUAGAGGAUGAAGAGGACGUUUCAGGGGAGAUGUACGAUGAGGAGGACUUUGACACCACGGAGAUAGAGAAGGAUUCUUUCUCCCUCCUUUCUGUUUCCCAUUUUGACUACUUCCAGAAACGGAAAGAACAUUUGCAAAAAGACAGAGGAACAAGGACAGAGAGAGUAAGAGAAGGAGACAUGGAGGGAAUCAUGGAGGGAUCGAGACUUUGGGUUGAGUGUGGAGGUCUGACGAGAUCAGACUGGGAUGGAGGCACUGAAGACGAAGACGAGGAGGAAGGAAAGAAGUUUGCCCAGGCACUAAAGCUAGAACUGGGCAGUGCUGUGGCUCGAGUCAUUGACAGAGUUCUCCGUCUUUACACAGAGAUGACCGAUAACUCCUCUCCUCCCGCCGCCAUCUCUUUUCAGCCGUCCGAUCAGGGGCAUGACACAGCGAAGGAGGGGGAGGACUGGAUGAGACUUUUGACAAGAGAGAGAGUGGAGGAGCCGAUGAAAGAGAAGGAGGACGCAGACAGAGAGCAGCAGCUUAAGAAAUUAAAAAACGGGGGCGGCCUUCCUCCUGGACCGCCGCGUUGCUCUGAACAAUCAGAUCUGCCAAUGCCUUUGGCUGUUCACAGGUCACCUGACACACGGAAGACCUUUCCCCUCCUCGCACCUCCUCUCUCUACCAACAUUAACUCCUCUCACCCAAACCUCCCUCUGCAUCACCCCUCUUUGACUCGACCCACUCCUCUUGCUCACCCUCCACUUUUACCUCCACCUUCACAGUCCAAAGAGACCUCCUCCGCCUCCUUCCACCCAUCUUCAUCAUCUUCUUCCUCUUCAUCAUCCUUCCCUGCACCCCCACCUCCUCCUCCACCCCCACCUCUCCCUCUUCCAUUGCUCCACUACUCCAUGCAGCAGCUCUUCUCCCGCUCACUCCACCAUCCACAACUCCCGCAUCUCGCUCCGUCCCGGAAGGACUACCUGGGCUCCGAUCCCUUCCUGGAGUUCUCCUCUCAUGCCUCCUUCCCUCCACUCCCUUUCCUUGGACACUUGGACCCGUCACUGACUCGUCACGGAGUCAGAGAGAGGGAGAGAGGUGUGAGGGGAGAUGGGAGCAUCAGAGGAGGCGGCGGGAUGGAUGGAGGAGAGCUCUACCUGACAGCUGGGGGGACUCAGGAGGGAUUGUCUCCCUGCCAUCUGAAGAAGGCAAAGCUCAUGUUCUUUUACACACGCUAUCCAAGCUCCAACACACUCAAGACCUACUUCCCUGAAGUCAAGUUUAACCGCUGCGUGACCUCUCAAAUGAUUAAAUGGUUCAGCAACUUCAGGGAGUUCUUCUACAUCCAGAUGGAGCGAUUUGCACGCCAGGCUGUCCGCGACACCCUCACCCGGGAUGGUGCAGCUCGUCUGGGCCGAGAGAGUCAGCUACGAGUGAGCCGUGAUACGGAGCUCUACCGCAUACUGAACAUGCACUACAACAAGAGCAACGUCUACCAGGUUCCAGAGAGGUUUAUCGAGGUGUCCGAAGUGGCUCUGAGAGAGUUUUACUCAGCCAUAUGGACUGGGAGAGACAGCGAUCCCUGCUGGAAAAAAGGGAUAUAUAAAAUCAUCUGCAAGCUCGACAGUCCUCUGCCGGAUGCCUUCAGGAUGCCAGGCUGUCCGGUGGGCUGACCGCUGAUCUGUGUCUUUUUCCUGUACAUGAACGCCCAUGCAUGCUCGGGUACAUCGUUAUCAAGGCUUAAAUAAACUGUCAAACUGUGUGUUUGAUUGGCUAAGUGCUCAGUUUGAGGUGUAAAACUAUUAUUUAGGGUAUAAACGCAUACGUCAUCAACACGAGAAAGACACUGGACACGCUGAAUGUUUCAAUGAGAGUCUUGUGACUGCACUUAUCUUGCCCAUACCACUGAAUUAAAAGGGACAGAGAAAGAAUUCCUUCUGCAAACAUUCCUCUGCAGCCAGGCUUACCAGAACACACAACGUUUUACAUUUCAGGCUGGAUAAAACUGCUAAACCUGGGGGCUGAAGCAACAUCUUACUAUUUGUUUAGUCACUGAUUUAUAAGGUGUUUGUGUACAUGAGUGAGGCUGCACUUUACUGGUGCAGCGUUAGAAUCAUUCCCUGUUACUAAAAUGAAAAAGACUGAUGAACAGUAUUUUGUAUAAGUACUCCCAGCCCUAGAUUGCAAAUACAAACCAAAAUGUAUUUUGCUGCAAAUGUAUUUGAUAGAUCAACAUAGAGUACGGUAAUCCAUAAUGGCAAAAUGGAAGACAAACCAACUGUUUUUUAACAUUCUUAAAUGAAAAACGUUGGUAUGUAUUUGUAUUAAGCUCCUAUGAGGCUAAACCAGAGGUUCACCAUUGUUUAAUAUCACCAUCAAGGCAGAGUUGGACUUUACUAGCUUAUUGUGUUGUGUCAUAAAAAGCAGAACUGAAACAUUCUUAUCCAUUUAAUGAUGCUGUAAAUCUACUCCAAGGUUGCCGUGCAGAUAAAAGGUAGUGAGUCCAAGCAGUAAAAUGUAGUUUAUAUAAACACUGCUUUAUUUGAUUUUUGGUGUCAUUUGGACUGGUCUGUUGCCAUGUCUCUCAGACAAUACUAAAGUUUUACAAAAUUUGCAGCUGGUUUGAGCUAAUUGGGUUGGGUCAUGAGACAGAGGCCAACAGGGGCCAGUGCAUCUGUAGAACUGGUCCUGGCACCUGUACUAAAGACUUAAUAUGAAAUAAAUGUAUGAGAAGUUAAUUAUGACAUGCACUGGAACAGAAACCACAACUGAUAUGUCUCUUGGGCCAUUUUUUUUUUCUUACAGUUUUAUUUGAUUGAUAAUUUAAAAUUUAAGUUCUUGAACUUUUUGCUUCAAUGAUAUUGAAAUAGAAUCACAGUUUUCACCUGCUAGAUCUGAUGUUUCCAGAGCUGCAAACGGCUCUUUGGCUCACUUAAUCUAUCUUUUUUGUUUCAUUUUUUUAAUGUCUUUUCCCGCCAUCACUACACACUACCCUCACCCUGCUCCCUCAUUAAACUUGUUCUAGAAAUGCCAUUGUUAGCAGUACUCCCUAAAAGCAAUCACUGGCCUGGGUAUCACUGAGAGGGAUAUCUAAAGCAUUAAACUGUAGCUCUGCUGUUAUAUUUCAGGAAGGUCUCUUGUGGUUAGGCAAGAGCAGAGCCUAAAAGCAAAGCUCUUAAUUUACCAGUCUGUGUAACUUUAGGUUGGAAAUCAGAUUCCUCUGCAGGGAGAGGAGACCUCCAUGAUCUCAGGGAGGUUAAAGUAGAGCUCUGCAUUAAAGGGAGUCAGAUAAAUUAGUAUGGGUGGUCACCUCUCUCUGUAGGUCUUCUCGUAGGUCCAACCGUGGAGGGACCCAAAGAGAAGGCCCAGAACUCACUGAGGGACGAUAAAUACAGUUGUGGUUGAAAGUUUACAAACCCUCCCAUUAAAGAAAAAAAUUAAUUCAUGCAAGUAAUUCAAAUCGCAAUAAAAAUGAAAAUUAGUUCAUAAAAAGGUUAACCUCCUACCCACACUCCUACAAUUAGCUACAUCAAUCUUUUUGUCGACUGAUGAAAUAUAAUUUUUAUCUUCUCUGAUUACAUGAAUGCAGGGUAUCAGUGUAAAAGGACUAAAUAUCGAUGAAAACCACACUUUUCAGAUUAGUUUUUUAUGUUAUACAAACAGUAUAUCAUCUUCAUUUUAACUUCAUGUUUUUGUAAUAUUCUGUGUUUCCUUGUAAUAUUCAAUCCAAUUAAAUAUUAAAUUGCAGUGAAGUUUCCUGCUUUUUACAGGGUAUAUUCUGUUUGUUUCCUUUUUAAAAAGCUGCAUAAUGUAUUAAUUCAACAUAAAAGAAAUGAAGAUUUUUAUGAAUAAAAUUGUGUUACCUUAUAUUGCUAAGAAUGAAGCCUAAAUGUUUAUGUGUGGGUUUAGUUUCUUCUGUCAGAAUUUCCCUCCAGCUUUUUAAUCUAUCCUGAAACUAUUAGUGAAAAAUCUUUUGCUAUUAUGAGAGACUAAAAAGUAAAGCUGCUUAAACUGUAAUUAUUGUACAGACUUUGUGCAUGAGAAACAAAGUUGUACCCAACACAGAAACCUGUUGAGACAUAUGGAAUCUGAAAACGCGCUAUAUUCAUGUUUUGGUGUUUUAUUUUAUGUACUCUCACUUUUGAUAUAUUUUGUAUUCUUCGAAUGUGAAGCUGACAUUAAGAAGUUAAGAUAUCCCAACAUUUGUUUACAGAACAGUUGUUUUUUUAAUAUUGUAUAUUGUGACUGUUUAAUCUUCAAACAGAUUUCACUGAUUUGAUUAUUUGUGAUGUGAAGUGUGUGAUGUGAAUUCAAGUUUCCCAGAUUAUAGUUGUUUUUUUUCUUCAUAUUGUACAGAAUGUGCUGCAGUCUUUGCUGUUGAUCUGUGGCCUCAUUUGAACUUUACAGAAUCUUCAUGUCUUAUCAGCUAAUUAAAGUAAUACCAAGCACACAUAA